GGUCCCGGGCGGCGGCACAAGGCGGAAGCCAUGGCGGAGGCGGCGGCUGCGGCGGGCAGGACGGGCGCGAGCCCCGGCUCUGCAGCGGUCCGGGACUCGGACCUGGACCGCGCUGGGCGGAGGCUUCGGGUUCUCUCGGCCCAUCUGCUGGGCCGGCCCCAGGAGGUUCUGAGUACCAAUGAGUGCAAAGCUCGGAGAGCCGCGUCGGCGGCCACGGCGGCGGCCACGGCCACUCCCGCCGCACAGGAGUCGGGCACCAUCCCCAAGAAGCGGCAAGAAGUUAUGAAAUGGAAUGGAUGGGGAUAUAAUGAUUCCAAGUUCUUCUUCAAUAAGAAGGGUGAAGCUGAGUUGACUGGGAAAAGGUACCCUCUUAGUGGCUUGACUUUACCAACUCUUAAGGAAUGGAUCCAAAAUACACUUGGAGUAAGUCUGGAACAUAAAACUACCUCUAAAGCAUCCUUAAAUCCUAGUGAUACUCCUCCUUCAAUUGUAAAUGAAGAUUUUCUUUGUGAACUUAAAGAAACUAAUAUUUCAUAUUCACAAGAAGCAGAUGAUCGAGUAUUUAGAGCUCAUGGUCAUUGUCUUCAUGAGAUAUUUUUGCUCAGGGAAGGAAUGUUUCAGCGAAUUCCUGAUAUAGUUUUAUGGCCAACAUGUCAUGAUGAUGUAGUUAAGAUUGUGAAUCUAGCAUGCAAAUAUAACCUUUGUAUCAUACCAAUUGGUGGAGGAACAAGUGUUUCAUAUGGCCUGAUGUGUCCUGCAGAUGAGACAAGAACAAUAAUUUCUUUGGACACUUCACAAAUGAAUCGAAUUCUUUGGGUUGAUGAGAACAAUCUGACAGCUCAUGUAGAGGCUGGCAUAACAGGACAAGAUUUGGAAAGACAGCUUAAAGAAAGUGGUUAUUGUACAGGUCAUGAACCAGAUUCCCUGGAAUUCAGCACUGUGGGAGGAUGGAUAUCUACUCGGGCAUCAGGCAUGAAGAAGAAUAUCUAUGGCAAUAUUGAGGACCUGGUGGUUCAUAUGAAAAUGGUAACACCUAGAGGUGUAAUAGAAAAAAGCUGUCAAGGACCUCGUAUGUCAACAGGCCCUGAUAUCCAUCACUUCAUCAUGGGAUCUGAAGGAACUCUUGGUGUAAUAACAGAAGCUACAAUAAAAAUCAGACCAACCCCUGAAUACCAAAAGUAUGGCUCGGUAGCUUUCCCUAAUUUUGAACAAGGAGUAGCCUGUUUAAGAGAAAUUGCAAAACAGAGAUGUGCUCCUGCGUCUAUUCGCCUCAUGGACAACCAGCAGUUUCAGUUUGGUCAUGCACUUAAACCUCAGGUUUCCUCUAUUUUUACAUCAUUUUUGGAUGGAUUAAAAAAGUUUUAUAUUACAAAGUUUAAAGGAUUUGAUCCAAAUCAGCUAAGUGUAGCCACAUUACUAUUUGAGGGGGACCGUGAGAAGGUUCUUCAACAUGAAAAACAAGUAUAUGACAUUGCUGCAAAAUUUGGUGGAUUGGCAGCUGGAGAAGAUAAUGGACAGAGAGGAUAUUUGCUGACCUAUGUCAUUGCGUACAUUCGAGACUUGGGUUUGGAAUACUAUGUAUUAGGAGAAUCUUUUGAGACUUCUGCUCCUUGGGACAGGGUUGUAGAUCUCUGUAGAAAUGUAAAAGAAAGAAUAAGAAGGGAAUGCAAGGAGAAAGGUGUACAGUUUGCUCCUCUUUCUACAUGCAGGGUAACGCAGACUUAUGAUGCAGGUGCAUGUAUCUACUUCUAUUUUGCCUUUAACUACAGGGGAAUUAGUGACCCACUGACCGUGUUUGAACAAACUGAGGCAGCUGCUAGAGAAGAGAUCCUUGCAAAUGGAGGGAGCCUGUCACAUCACCAUGGAGUGGGCAAGUUGCGGAAGCAGUGGCUAAAGGAAAGUAUCUCCGAUGUCGGCUUUGGAAUGCUGAAGUCUGUCAAGGAAUAUGUGGACCCCAGUAAUAUCUUUGGAAAUAGAAACCUUUUAUAAAUCCAUUAGUAUCAUUAUGAAAAAUGUCACCUUUUUUUUUUUUUUUUAAGCCUUGAACUAUAUGGUUAUACCAGUAAUCAGAUACAUUAUGGACUAUAUUUUGGCUACAUUUGAUUGUUGGUUUAACAUAAGUUUGCUUUCAUUCUGUAGUUUUGUUUCCACAUCUAUGGAUUGACAGAUGGUGUUCUUAAAUCUCUCUCAGUGUAGGUAUAUCAGUUUACAGCCAGCUGUUUAUAAUUUCAAAUUUUAGUCAAGCAUCACAAGGCUACCAGAUACUUCAGAGGAAGAUGCUGCCUGCUGUUUUAGAUUAAUGCUUCCUCUUGAGGAACAAAGGCAGCUUUGGGUAUCAUCUAUUGCUUCUCUGGCCUUUUUUUAAAAAAUAAAGAACGUUUUUGGGAAGCAGAUAUCUAGGAAAAGAGUCCACUGAGGAGUGAUACAGGUAUAUGUUUUCUAAGAACAUGUUAUACUGUGAUAGGACAUUAAGGGAGGAAAGAAUAUAGGCAACCUGUUAUUAGGAGGCCUUCAAUUCUAUAAGGUGCUUGGCCUACAGUUUUCUUUGAAAUUAGUAUACAGUUGUAAUUACUAGUAUAGGAAUUACUCUGUGAGGGGACACAUUUUUGUUCUUGAUGUUUCUCUUUCUGCUGAGAUAUGAGUUUGUAUUUGCAUCACUGAGAUCAUUCAUAGUAUGUUUUGUAAGAAAAGCUGACUUAUCCCUCACUUAUUCCUGUGAAGGACAGGUUUACUAUGAAAUGAAUGCCUUUAUCCACCCUGAGUCCCAGUGUUUCUCCUGUCCCAUGCUUGUUGCUGAGCUGCAGAAGCUGCAACAGGAACAGAAGGAAGACUCCUGACCCUAAUGUCUCCAGCUGAAAGAGCCCUUUAGCUAAAGAAACAGUCAUGAUUUAGCAUUUGGAUUUGAAAGCCUCAACAGUUUCAAUGACAAAAAUCUUUAAUUUUUUAAAUUAACCCAAAUAGCAUGGUAAAUUUUCAUGUGAAAAUAAGUUUCAAAUUAGUUUUUAAUAAUGGUUUAAUGCCUUUUUUGAAUUACUGGUUUAACCUAAAUUUUUUUAAAAACGUAUUAAUGCAUAUACCAUAAUCAGAAGUUUGAAAUAUCAUAUUUCUUACGUAAUAAAGAAAGCAUUAAUCACAUUUAGCAAACAUUUUUACAUUUAACCUGGCUAUUAAAAUGAAUGAAAUUAUUACUUUAAAUCACUGUCUGUUUGGUUCAUGUUUUACAUUUUAAGAUGGAUUCUUUUCUUACUGCAAUACCUAACUUUUGAUAAUUUUUUAAAACUAAUAUUUAAUCAGAUAAUAUAUGUCAAAAUGCAGAUGAUCCUUUGAAAGGACACUCUGUGUAGCAACAACUCCAAACUAUUUUGGGGCAGUUUACUAUCUUUUUUAUCUGAAGUAGCCUUAACCAGAAAAGUGAAAAUUUAAAUUUGACAAAAUGUAUUUUUAAGACUUCAAAAUGAUAAUUUUUAACUAUUAAAAUUGGCCUCAAACUAACAAAAUUAAAUCUGUAAACAAAUCAAAAUUAAGUACUAGUGUAAUGACAAAAACUAAAACUAUGUAUUUUUAGAAGCUGCCUCUCUUCAUUGGUGAUUUAUUUUUAAUUAUAAAAUUUCCAGCAAAUCUAUGCUUAAAACCCUCGAUGAUUUGAAAUAGUUGGACACUUGAUGAGGAAAUUGCCUCUAGAAUGAUCAUAUUCUCAACUUUAUAAAAUGCAUCUAUUCAUGACAAUGAUUUCUCUAAUUGGUGAUCAAAAUGUAAAAUUUAGUAAGGUACUAAUAUCUCACUGAAAGUGUAUACAUGUUUCUGAGCAAUUUUAAAAAAUAAAACGGAUUCACAAGCAUAUCCAUUCCUUUGCAUGUGAUUGUUCUAGUAUUCUUUCCCAGGGAGUUGAGAUUUCAACAACCUCACAAAUCUGUAUUAGAUAUUAAGAAUCUAUAAAGGUAACACCUGGAAUUGUUGUGGUCACUAUUCUACAUGAACCUUAUGGAAAUUAGUGAUUUAUGUUUUUGUGUUUCUUUCUCCAUGUAUACAGGCCUUCCCAACCUUAAUUUUAUAAUGGUGACUAUAUUUUGUAGUUGGAAUCAUUUCUACAGGGAUCAUUUUGAAACGCAAGAACGUUCAUCAGUACUGUUUCACUCUGAUUCAGUAAAUCAGAAAGCCUUCACCCAGCUUUGACACACUCAUAUCUGGGAGGUGCCUGAGUACAGACUUAGUGUCUGGAGCACUGAGUUCAUGAAUAUGCACAGAAACACUUAAACCAUACCUCUUAUUUUUGAAGUAUCUGAAAAUGGCUUCAUGAAAGUUAAAGCCUGGAGAACAUUGUCUAUGUGAGGCUUCUUAACUAAUUCUGGACAAGUUUAUUUAAAAUUCUGAAGACCCAUAGCCUAUUUGGUUUUCUAACUGGGUAACACUGACUUUCUUAAGCUAGUCAUGUUUGUAAUAUUUUGCUUAUAUUUUGCUGAUGUCUUACUUGGUUGGGUUUUCAGUGGUAAUGGGAACUUGCUGCUAGUGAGAAAUGGAAUUGAAGAGACCUAAUAUGAACAGGUCUCUUAUUGGCCCUUAGAGAAACUGUUGCCUUAAUGUUUGGUGCAAUUUAUAGUAGUGCAAAAGUGAAUUAGUCUUGAGCUUUUUUAUUUUGGGUAAGAAUUGUGGAAGUCAGGUGUUAAUUGUGCCCAGUAUUUACCACAGAAAAGAGGAUUGCAUUCUUCUGCUUCUGAAUAAUUAGGAGUUUUCUUCCUAAAAGCGCUUGCAUAUUGUGGGACUAUUACUGUAAAGUUAUUUGUGAAGCUGGAAGCCAUCUAGUUGACAUAGCUGUGUUGAUUUGGAAAACAAAAAAAUGCAAUAAAGGAUGAGCUGCCAUCAGUGUGCAUAAUAUACCAGAUGCAGAUGGUUGCAAGGAAACCUUUUUUUUUUUUUUCAGAAUAUUAGUAACUAAGUCCUAGCUUGCAUUUUGACAAUGCCUUUCUGCAUGUUGGCCUCAGAGAUUUUCCCUUGUCAUUUUUUCAGAGCUACUUCUUAACUGCAGUCAAUCAGAGAAGCUGUGAAGUCCUAAACUGCAGUGUGUUCCCUCAAGUCUUCAAAUGGGCUGGGUUUGGUUGAGCUUCUAUUCCAUAUCAAUAUUAGAACACACUUAUUCAAUAUGGAUUGAUUCACAAAUUGAAUGUGGUGGUGCUUGAGGCAGCCAAAUGGAAUGCUGUGGAAAGCAUAUCUACAUUUUAAGGAACUGAGAUAAGAGUAAAGGACAGCUUUAGUAGCUUUUUGUUUAUCACUUAAGAUUUAGCAACUUUGAUUUUAAUUAGGGCUUAGCUCAUAGUAGGAAAAAAAGCAGAAAGUGUUACAGGUGCCAGUUUAGGAUUGAAGAGUUCGCUGUUUCACCUUUGCUUUGAGUUAUGGAAGCUUGGCUUUGCCCAAGGCUUCAUGUUCCCAAAUGAGCCAUAUGUCAACAUAUUCAUUUAAUUCUUACUAGUAUCACUUUCCUGAAAAGGAAAGGGGGAAAAAAAUGAACUUAUACGUUGAUGCUGAAAUCCAGAAAGUGUGAAAGGUUUACUGAAACUGUUGAAAUAUACUGACUGAUAUGAAGGAUGUAAGUUACUCAGCUUUCUGUUCCCUAAGCCAAAUAGUGUUUGUCUUCAGUGUGAAAUUUAACUGUAAAAAUUGCUUGUGUAAUGUUGAGAGAUUAUAGAAACGUAUUAUUAAUAAACUGGACUUGGGUCUAAGUUUUUUUUUUCCUCAAA